AUGGAUACAGACAUCCCAUCACAAGAUCAACCUCGGCACGUGGCCGAGAAUGAUGGCGCGAAGUUUGUCGACAAGACAGAAAAGGCGGAUGAUCAAGCGUUCGCGCUGAAGGCUGUCGCGAAAACCUCAUCGUCAAAGAAAGAUCCUCCCGGAGGAUUUGAUGCCACUCCUUUCCCGCGUGCUCCGCCAGGCUACACCCUCAAGUUCACGUUUCACCGCGCCGUCAACCUUCCUGUUUCAGAUUUCAACUCGUUGUCUUCUGAUCCCUUCAUUCAGGCGCAAUUGAUUGUUGAUCUUCCCCGGCGGCAUAAGCAGGACCCCGACCUCACUUUCCGCACCGCAACGGCAUGGAGGAAUGUCAAUCCCGUCUGGGAUGCAGAAUGGAUUGUGGCCAACGUGCCUGCAUCUGGAUUCGAUCUUAAAUGUCGCGUCUAUGACGAGGACCCGCUAGACCAUGAUGACCGGUUGGGGAAUGUGCAUGUCAAGGUGGACUCUAUUCCAGAUGGCUGGGAAGGUAUUAAAGAGAAAUCGUAUCGCAUCGAGAAGCGUGCUGGGAGUAAACGGGCCUACUUUAUUAGGUCAAUUUCUGCGGCCUGUUCUCGGGAUCGCCAAUUAGACGCCCAUUUGAUCGUCAGUGUCGAGUGUUUAGGCAGGACUCCCGGUGACAACGGCGCCCACAUGUACACCGUUGGGCCGCUGUACUGGUUCAAGCAUUUUUCGCCUCUAAUCGGUAGGCUGACACACACCACGGACACUGCUGAAAACCAGGGUGCCAAGCGGGAAAUCAAACGGUACAACUUCCAAGCGGUUGAAAUACAGCUGCAAGGACCAGUCCCCGAACGGCUUUACCACAGAUAUGUCGAGUUUAGACCUUUCGUGGCAGGGAUGUUUACGGCCCACAGUCUGCGAGGGCGCAUUCUCAAUCGAGCUCUACACCAUCAACAUGCGCGUAUCUACAAUUUCGACAGAAGCACCCUCAACGGAAGUUUCUCUUCGCCUUCUAUCGAAUUUACCAAACGGUUCCUCGAGUUCGUUGAUUAUGGGAAAGGUGGCCGGAUCUUCACCUAUGUUCUCACCCUGGACGGGCAAUUUCGAUUCACGGAGACCGGAAGGGAAUUCGGAAUUGAUCUGUUAAGCAAGCAUACAAUGCACAGCGAUGUCUCGAUCUAUAUCGCAUAUUCUGGUGAAUUCUUCGUGCGUCCUUGCAAAAGGCACCAUCAUCGACACCAGCAAUUGGAGUCGCCAGAAUCCCAGGGGCCUGCAGAGAGUAUCCUCACAGAGGAAGAAGAAGAAGAAGCGAAGCAGCAGUUGAAUGAUGAUCCCAGCAAUUUUGAACUAUUUAUCGACAAUGCCAGCGGCACCUAUCGCCCUAAUGGUGACUGUCUACCCAUCCUCCGAGACUUCUUGUCCACCAACUUCCCCGGUCUCAAUAUCACGACGCUUGACUGCCAGAAGGAUGCAGAGCGGAUGGAACGUCUGAAGGAAGAACGGCGACAGGAGAAAUUACGAGACAGGGGCCAUAUCGUCUACAUUCAGCAGAGCAAUGAUUCAUCAUCCUCGCUAUCCAGCUCCGAUGAGGAGGAGAUGGAUCGCCGUGCCGGAGUGCCCGGUAAGCAGAGAGGCGAACUGGUCCAGAACCUCCAUGACAUGAAGGACGUCAAAGGCAAGUUCCGGAACUGGCUGGAAGCAGAGUAG